AUGGCUCCCGCCAGAAAGAGAGACGAUAACUGGGUUGAUGGUCUGCGUGGUGUCGCCUCCUUCAUCGUCGUCACCGGUCAUUUAUGCACCGCCUUCGUUCCUUAUCUCCAUGACCCAGCACUAUCAGAUGGUGGACCGUCCAGCAUCUUCCAGCUACCCUUUCUCCGAUUAUGCGUCGGUGGUCGAGGCUCUGUCGCCAUCUUCUUCAUCAUUACCGGCUUCGUCAAUUCAAUUAAUCCCGUCAAGAACGCCCGUGCCGAUAACACCUAUGUCGGACUCACCAAUCUCGCCAAAAGCACAUUUACCCGAUCGGGCCGUUUGAUGGUUCCUACAGCUAUUGCUACAACAAUUGCGUGGGCGCUAUGCCAUAUGGGUGCAUUUAGCAUCUCGCAGCGAGCCGAUGCUAGUUGGAUCCGUGCUACAACUCCUGCUCCAAGUGCGAACUUUGCCGAAGCAUUUGCGAAUUUACUCAAGACCUUGGUACUCUUCUGGCAUACUGGAUCAUCCGUAUACGAUGGAACACACUGGACUCUUAAAUUCUUCCUCAGUGGCUCGUUUAGAACGUACCUUACGCUUCUGGCCUUGACCUUGGUUAAGCGACGCUAUUGGUACAUGAUAACUGGGCUCUUGUGGGCUUAUGCCUGGCUUGUCAACGAUCAUCUCGUUGGCAUCAAUAUCUUCCCAGGUAUCCUUUUAGCCCAACUACAGGUCGACUAUGGAUCUCGUGCCACUUCGAUGCUCCCCAGAGCUAUCCCCAGCAUUCUUAUCACAAUUGGACUGUUGCUAUGGGGCUUCCCCCAAAACAACCAAAAUUGGGCGUGGUGGUCCGCAGCAAUGCGUGCGUUCAUUGUUGGAAUCACUCCCGAGGGUGCAGAUCACAGUCGCUAUGCUUCAUCCCUUGGAACAUGCAUUUUGAUGCUAGGAAUAUUCUUCUCAAGGAACGCAAGACGUGUCUUGACUCUACCACUCUUUAACUUCCUCGGACGCGUUUCUUUCCCAGUUUACCUACUGCAUAACAUCCUUAUUCGAACUAUCUUGUCCUGGAUGGUGUAUGGCCAAAGUGCGGCCAGAACCCCCGUGAGAAACGCAAAGGGCGAGCUCCUCCAAUUAGGCAGAGCCAGUCCGAUGGCCUUCAUCUUCAUAUUGCCCGUCUUUUACGCAGUGCUCUAUGUAGUUGCGCAUAUGUGGGGUACGUAUGUUGACCCCCAGUGCGGCCAUGUGGUGAACUGGAUGAGGGACAAAAUGUUCAAGGAGCAACCAGAAUCACAAGAAAAGCUCCUCCCAUUACCAAACGGCGGUUCAACGACGAGCUAA